AUGCGUAGUAUGCCACUCUACACCCAUGUCUCCGCCUCUGCCGUCGAAUACCGAGAUCUCAUGGGUGAAGAAGCCCAUACCCCUCACCACACCCACCAUCCACCACCCAAGAUCCAGCUCCGCCGCACCAAGAGCGAAUGCUCCGAGACCUGCAACGACACCGUGUUGCAGAAAACUGGCUCCAUCGUUAACGAUUCUGAUAUCGGGAUCGGCCGAGGUAGUAGCGUUGGGGGAAGAAUACCAUCGCUAAAAUUUAUCAUGACGGCCACCCCCAAUGGUUCCACGUACGCGGAUUCGGAGAUCGGACCAGCACCGUCCGUAUUGGCGGUGGAGGACUUCUUUCAGGCGAAUGAAAUAGGGAGUUCAAUACUGGAGGGUUGGAGCAUGGAAGAAGGUAGCAUUGAGGGGCUUAGAUCGAAACUGGAUAGGUGGCGAAUGGAGCUUCCACAAAUUUACGAUCGUGGGUACUGGACUUACCGGACACCUCGCCAACAUACUCGCAAACACACCGACGGCGAAAUUGGGGGAGGAUUGUUCUCGUGCUUUGGUAGCUCAUAUGGGUGUGAAUGUACCUUCUUCUGUGGGCCUAGAUCAAGGAAGAAGAAGCUUGGACAUCAUGACAAGUAUCCACAAAGCCCUUCUGAAUCUCUGAUGCUAUCUAAACCCAGUCGUCUCUUAUAA